AUGAAUGGUCAUAUAGAAGUGGUGUUGUUGAGCUGGGUAGUUUUGAUGGUGGGUGUUAUCAGUAUUGCAGAUGGUGCAGUUUCUCCACAUCUGUUGGACAGGAUAAGUAAAAUAAACAAGGAGGGCCCAUACUUGGGCAUUGUAGUGCCUAACAGUUUUGAAUUGAACCCUCUUCUCCAAUCUCAAAGUUUUGUUGCUGAUCAAAACCAUCCCUACUUGGAUUUUGCAGGACGAAGGUUUCGGUUCGGAGAGAUCGAAAAUAAGAGUUAUUGUUGUUAUGACAGGAUUGGCCAUGCUGAAGGCCCAUUGGAGUUGAUCCAAUGUCAGCCUAUGGGCUACGAGUUUUUCUGGACGAGCCAUGCCGACCCGGUUGGCGAUCUUUGUAUGGCAUUUUCUGAGAGAGUUCUGCACUUUGGAGUUGCUGGGAAUGGAAAUCCUGAACUCGAAAUAGGAGACGUGACCAUCCCUCAGUACUGGGCUCAUACGGGCCUAUGGAAUUGGCAGAGGUAUGGAGAUGGGCCUAAUGAUGAACUGGCUCUAGAAUCCAGUGGAGACUACACGAGAGGGUAUGGUGUUGAAUGGAUGUGUGAAUUCUACAUGUUUGCCAAGAACACCAAUUGUGACAGGGUAAAGAAUGGCGUUAGUGCAAAUGUGUUUGUUGACAAUGGAGCCUACAGAGAGUUCUUGUAUUCCAAAUUCAAUGCAACUCCAAUUGACAUGGAAAGUGCAGCAGUGGCUUUGGUUUGUUUGCAGCAGAAGAAACCUUUCAUUGCCAUUAGAGCACUCUCUGAUUUAGCUGGUGGAGGUUCUUCAGUGUCUAAUGAGGCUGAUAUUUUUGCAACAUUGGCUGCUCAAAAUGAUGUUGAUGUUGCUAUUGGAUUCAUUUCCUUAUUGUUCCAUUGA